AUGAUUCCUCACUUGGGCCGUUUGGUCCUAGAACUUUCUCUCAGUUUUUGGGCAGCUCUAGUAGCAGCUGAUAACUCAACAUUCUACAACCCAAUCCUACCCGGCUGGCACUCCGAUCCAUCAUGUGUCCACGUUGAUAGCACAUUCUACUGCGUCACCUCAAGUUUCAUCACUUUCCCUGGUCUACCAAUAUAUGCCUCCAAAGACCUGCUCAACUGGAAGUUGAUAAGACAACAAGAAGGCUUCUACGCCGCAACUAUUCGGCAUCAUGAUGGCGAGUUCUGGGUGGUGUGCGAGUACCUCGGCCUGCCCGACGGAAUGUUGGGGACAGUCUUCAAAACGAGCGAUCCAUUCGACGCAGCUAGCUGGAGCGACCCUUACACAUUUCUGACCCCCAACGGAGAUUUAGAUCUUUUCUGGGACGACGACGGAAAAAUGUAUAUCCCGGGAGGCGGGCACGUCCUCCUCGACGUCGAUCUCGAGACGGGGACGGUUGUCAAUAACACAUUUCUAUGGGCCGGCACCGGUGGCGUGUGGCCCGAAGGUCCUCACAUUUACCGCAAAGAUGGCUGGUACUACAUCUCUGCCGCCGAGGGUGGGACUGAGACUGGGCAUUACCAGGUCAUGGCUCGAUCUUCCAGUCUGACGGGCCCGUAUGAGCCAUGCCCGUACAACCCGGUCUUGACCAACAAGGAUACCGAUGAAUAUUUUCAGACAAUCGGCCAUGCAGAUCUUUUCCAAGACUCUGAGAAAAACUGGUGGGGUAUCGCGCUAGCUACUCGAUCUGGCCCAGAAUGGAGAAUCUAUCCCAUGGGCCGCGAAACAGUCCUGUACCCAGUCACCUGGCGAGAAGGUGAGUGGCCGAUACUGGAACCCGUCAGAGGCAAGAUGUCGGGUUGGCAAAUGCCACCAGCAUCUAGAGACCUUCCGGGAGACGGUCCGUUCAACUCGGACCCCGACGCGUACGACUUUACGACACUGAGCAGUAUUCCUCGGAAUCUCAUUCACUGGAGGGUUCCAGCUGAAGGCGCCUUUUCGAUUGAUAGCUCGAGGGGCCUCCGUAUCGUGCCUAGUCGCGCGAACCUCACGGGCGAUAAUGCGGAUCUGGAUGGCCGUUCGGGGCUAUCUUUCAUCGGACGACCUCAGACGGAUUCUCUAUUUACCUUUGAAGCAGUCAUUGAUGCACCGGCUUCUGAUGUUGACCAAGAAACUGGCGUUACUUUGUUCCUGACCCAAUACAACCACGCUGAUGUCGGGGUAGUAACCCUCCCCAAGGCCGACGGCUCCGGUGGAAGCGAUCGUAUGCUACGCUUCAGGGCAACGGGAGAUGAUGCCCCUGCGGAGAAUAUUGUCAAGAUACCUGAAGCGUGGGGAGACGAUUCGAUUCGUUUCCAGAUUGCCACAGUCAACAGCACUCACUACACGAUGGCCGCAUCCCAGGCUUCUCAGUCCGAUCAGCAGGUCGUCAUGGGUACAUUCUCGGCAAGAUUAGUCAGUGGCCAGAGUGGCCCUUUCACCGGAUCGUUGGUCGGCGUCUAUGCUACCUGUAACGGCGCUGGCUCAGGAGUCGAGUGCCCCUCCGGAGGUGAUAGUUGGGUGAAGGAAUGGCAUUACGAAGGUAAAGGUCAAUACUACACUGCAACCGACCUUAUCCCAGAGUAA